UCUGCGUAACUUGACACUAAUCAGAAACUUAUCAAAGCUCCGUUACUUGGAUAAUUCACCUUGUAGCAGCAGGGGUGUAAAAAAAAACAGGCGGUGGACAUUUACCGAUAAAUACUUAAGAGAUACUUGAGUGCGGAGGUUAAAAAAGAGAGAUUUGUUUAUUCUGAAAGCACAGAGACAAGCUCUUGCACUAUGGACCCCAGUAAGUCGAGUGUUCCUCCAGCUGGAUGGUCUGAUGAGAAGACUUCCAUGGGCCAUGCGCCACCUCCGCCCUACCAGGACCAAGCGUACCCGGGGAACCCACAGCCCGGCCAGGCAUACCCACAACCGCAGCAGGGCUAUGCACCACCGCCACAGUAUGGGGGUGCAGGAUAUGGACAACAGCCUUACCAAGGUCAGCAGUACCCAGGACAGCAGCACCCAGGACAGCAGUACCCAGGACAGCAGUACCCAGGACAGCAGUACCCAGGACAGCAGUACCCUGGACAGCAGUACCCUGGACAGCAGGCCACCGUCACUGUCCAGCCCACAGUGUACGUGACUCGAGGCCCGCUGCUUAACCCAGUUAACGACUACUUAUGCUACUCCAUCUUCACCAUGCUGUGCUGCUGCUUUCCGCUUGGAAUUGCUGCCCUCAUCUACUCCAUCUCAGCCCGUGAAUCCAACCACAUUGGGGACCAGCUGGGGGCCGAGCGGAGCAGCAGGAUGGCCCGGACACUGAACCACGUGGGCCUGGGACUCGGCAUCGGCCUCCUCAUCCUCACCAUUGUCUACGUAGCGGUGAUAACAAAUCGGAUGAAAUACUAAAUCAAUUUCAACAUCUUUCCCAUAUUUCUAGUCCCCAUUUUCAUUCUACAUCAGGUAAUCAGACUAGGAACAUUACUGGUCAUCUGGAAAAGUUUUGGUUGAAAAUUUGUAACCCUUUUAAGUUACCUGUUGGGCUAAAAAGACUUUUGAAAAGUUACUGAUAUAUUAAUCAACAGUAGAAGGCCAUGUAAUCCAUUACUCUUCUACACUGUAAAGAGUAACCUGCAACAUAUUUCUUCAACAUUAUUUUGUGUUUGGGAUUUUCUUCUAUGUUAUCACACGUCAAAAAUCAACAUUUUCUGUUUUUGACAUUUAAAAUAUUUUUCAGCUUCGGCCAGUGUUGCUCCACCAUAUAUAUACAAUGCAGGUGUUAUCCAAAGAGUUUUACAUGUUUGUGUUCUAAUAGCAAAUGAUUAUCAAUACACAGUUUGUAGUGCCAUAUUUUUAUAUUGAGUUGAGUUUUGUGUAGUUUUGCAAUUGAAAGUGCUUUGUCUGAUUGUACAAUGGGUGAAAUAUUGCUGCCCUUUCAACAGAAUUGUUGGCUGUAAAUAUGCACCAACACCCUCUAACUUUCUUAAGAGUCUG